CUUCGCCGUUAUCAGAAGCGUUCUUAGUGAACACUGUGAUACUAGACAGAAUGACAGUUUAUUCAAUUCGUACUUUGUAAUGAGAGUGAUGAUGAACAUUCUGGACAAUUCGAGUGAACGAGUUGGCCAUCCAGAUCGCCCGACAUGAAUCUCAUCGUAAUCGAGUGGUCAGUUCGUGCACAAAACCCAGCACAGACAACUGUGGACGGCUGUAGAAACAAUAUGGUUCAUUAUUUCUGCGUGGGGCUUCCAAUAACAUGUUGAGUCCACGUCGCAUGGGGUUGCUGCAGUGCGCCGGGCAGAAGGAUGUUCGAUGCGAUAUAAAGAGCUUUCCCAUGAAUUCUGUGUCCACAGUGAACGUUUUGAUUAACAGUCGUGGACCUCGCAACGUAAACCCGUUAUGGAAGUAACUGUUACCUGCACUGAGAAGUGGUUUGUGAUGAUAAAUGAGCGGCAGCUUGACGUUGUUCCUCGCACCUGCGUUGCAGUGGUCGCCGUGGUGGCGGUGUGCGACGCGAGGUGGAGGCCGACCACGGCGCGGCCGUGCGACGACCGCUGCACCCUCGAGUACAGCCCCGUGUGCGUCCGCGACCCGGACGGCGCCUACUACUUGUUCAGCAACGAGUGCUUCCUGAGGGUCUGCAGGUGUCGCACCGACGUUGAGUUCACGAGACUGGACGACUCCGACGAGUGUCCCUCCGACGCAGCGACGAAGUGCCCGGACCAGCUGCGCUCUCCGGGCGGCGCCUACGGCGACAGCGUGGAGGCGCCCGAAUCGCAGUCAGACGCCUCCGACUCGUCCGAAGAGGGUGACAGCAACAGGAGGCGCCACGAGCAAGAAGAGCGCUACUUCUGAAGACACCGGGAGCCGCAGGGCCGCGUCUAAUGCAGCAGCUUGGGUGUCACCACUCGAUAUGUUCCCCGCGGCAAUGUUACUGCUGCAGUAGUACAUUCCACUGUGCCACUAAUGUCUGAAACACUGUUGUGCACCAUUGCGUUACUUGUAGAUUUGUUCACACUGAAGAAUCACUGUCAUCAUAUUUUUCAUCAGCUGUCUGUGAUUUGCAAUUCAUAUGCUCUUAAUGAAAAAAUUCUGUUAUUUUUAAGAAAAAUUAAACUAGCUGCUGCGAUGCUA